AUGUCUGCACCACUAUUCGUUGAUGGCUUCCAGAGGGUGAAAAGCGGUUGGCUUCUGCAAGCACUCCGGUUUUUCAUGUAUCAUCUUCUAUAUGAAGACAGAGGUCUCUUACAUGAGCAAUUUGUCAAUCUUAAAAGGGGACAAAGGCCUCGACCUUGGAGCAAGCAAUUGCAUGGUGGGCUUCAGCCACUUCAGUUACAAUGGAUUGGCAACCACGCCCAAAUUCACGCUCAUGAGCUGCUUCCUAUCAGAACUCAACCGCCGGGCCGACAUGAAUAUGAGGAUUUCUUUGAAUCCGGUCCGGAAGGUUUUGAAAGGCUGUGCAUAACCAGCCAGACAUCUCAUCCCUCGGAUACCCCGGCAUCGCGUCCGCCCUUUGAUCCGACAUAUGUACCUCUCGACAGCUUUUCCAGGCAUAUUCAGAAUCUCCUAUAUGUCCCUGCAUUUAUCCACGGCCUCUUCAAACCAAAGCCGUCCUCUGCCUCAAAAACAAACUCUGCCAGCAACGUGGCUGAAACUAACCAUCCGGCCGACAAUGCUACCAAUGCUCCUCCUACAAGCGGUCCGGCAACUCUUUUGUCGGCUCCACCUGGCUUUUAUGCCCAGAUGGUUCACCCGAAUCUUGGACCCAGCACGGUUGCCACCGGUAGUGGCUCUGGUAGCACCGCCUUUGGCACAGAUGCUAACACAACUGGAAAUGGAUUUACCGAGUCCAACAACUCUUCUUCCGCUCAUAACAGUCACCUGAAUAUUGAUAUGACACACCCUGUCGUACUCAAUAGCCCGCUGUCAACUCUUCCUGGUGGUCUGCUGCAGCAGAUCACCAUUGUGUUUCCGGGGACUAAUUUUGUGGCUCAGCCACCAUCUUCCGACAAUAACGGCAACGUCAAUGCCUCUCAAUUCUUUUUCGGUUCCGCGCCACCUUCAGCCAAUAUUUAUAACUCCCCUCCUUCGGCUUCCGCACAGGCAAAUAACGCCAAUCCUACAAAUCUCGCAGAUCCCGCAAAUCCCCAAGCCCAGCCGACUCCAGAAGACACCCUUCCAUCCAUACCUCUGGUUCCAUAUUACCGCUUCACCGCCACCGGCUGCGACUCGCAAAUCUUUGGCGCGCAUGGUAUCAUCCAUGAACUGCCCUCGCAGGACGAAAUCCCCGGCUUCCAUCGUUUUGCCAUGCUGAAGUACUACCCGGCCGAGAAUGGGGAGUUCAACGAAGCAGACAUCGAGUGUUAUGAAGGCGUUGUUAUCCCCGGCGGGCAAAUUAUCAUCGGGCGAUGGUUCUAUCCCGAGUGGGAGCGGAACCUGGUUACCGGAGAAUUUCGGCUCAUUGAUGGUGUGUUGUCUGAAUCCGGACCUUUUCUCUGGUGGACAGUCGAGGAGGCGAAGAAUACCGUGACCGCCGCAGCGCCGCCGAAUGCUGACGCUUCGUCCAAUCAAUGA